CAUCUUGUGAUGGACUUAGCAUUCUAUACAGCGGUGGAGACUUUGCCAUCGUGCUUGCCAACUAUAAUUCAAAUUGAGAACUCGUAAGAUGUUCUGAUUCACCAAACUUCCCAUAAGGUUGUUGGAGUUGGAGCCCACUUUAUUGUCAAGCAUGGGCCACGGAUUGAUCUUGAAGAAGGGCAAACUAUGAUUUAUAUCAGAGAACGGACGACCGUCCCAAUACCAAAUGUCUACUCCCUCUUUCAAGCCGGUGUCACCGGCAAAAGCUAUAUCAUUAUGGAACGAGUGACGGGUACCAGUCUGGGAGAUAUAUGGCCUUCUUUGCGCUACAUUGAAAAGGAAGCAAUUUCGGCAAAGAUCACAAGCUAUAUCGAUCAGCUACGCUGCAUCCCGUCACCAAAGGCCCAUUGCAGCGUUAGCAACAAACCUCUCCGUGAUCGUAUCUUCUGGACC